AUGAAUGCAGUAGUGGAAAGUUUUGCGCUAUUCUUGGGCUUUCUGGCUUGGGUGAUGGUUGGGGUUGCCCUUCCAAACCGAUACUGGAAAAUCUCCACAGUGGAAGGAAACGUUAUCACCACAUCGACUAUCUAUGAAAACCUAUGGAUGUCCUGCGCUACUGACUCCACAGGGGUUCACAAUUGCCGUGACUUUCCAUCUUUGCUUGCCCUUAAUGGAUACAUACAGGCUUCCCGAGCCCUGAUGAUCGCUGCCAUUGUAUUUGGGACAUUUGGGCUUGUGGCUACGCUUGUAGGAAUGCAGUGCUCUAAAAUAGGAGGGGAGAACUACAUCCUGAAAGGGAGGUUUGCUGGAAUUGGAGGAAUGUUCUUUCUUCUACAGGGAUUAUGCACUAUGAUCGCUGUGUCUUGGUAUGCAGCCAACAUUACACAACAGUUCUUUGACGAAUUCUAUCCAGGAACAAAAUAUGAAAUUGGAGAGGGCCUGUAUAUUGGUUGGUCUUCAGCAACACUUGCCAUUUGUGGAGGUUCAUGUCUAAUGUGUGCUUGCAAACUGGGAACAUCAACUGAAAAGACACCCUAUCCAUACCAGCCAUCUGCCAGAGGACAUACACGCUCUGCUGCGCCAACAUCUCAGUCUGUCCCCAGCCACUAUGGACGAAAUGCAUAUGUCUGA